AUGGCUAAUGACUAUUUAGAAUUGUUCAAUGAAAUAAACUCCUAUGUUGAUAUAUCCUCAUUUGAAACACACCAGUUAACUAAUAAACCAUUAUUUUUAAUUAAAAAUGAAAGAAAAUUUUUAUUUUUGGCUAGAGAACCUUAUGAAUAUAAAUUAGAUCAUUUAUAUAAGGAUAUAAUAGAAGUGACAGAAAAUAUCAAAAGAAAUUUAAUAAAUGAAAAUAUUCAUACAAUUUUAUUUCUAUAUAUCAAAAUUUUAAAAGAAAUAAGGAUACAUAAAAAAUAUAAAAGAGGAAUUGAUGAAAAAGUAGAAAAAGUUAUAAUAUCAGCAAUAAAAUUAUACUCACUAAAGGAAAGACAGAACGAAAAUAUAAAAAAAUACUACAUAAAAAAAAUUUGUUCUAUUUGUAAUAGUUUAUCAAAAAUUUUAGUUCAAUAUAAAAGGAACUCAGAAAACAUAUUAAAAAAUAAACCAUCUUCAUGUGAUUUCGAUGAUGAAAAAAAAAAUUUUUUAACUAAUAGUAACUCCUUUCAAAAUAAUUUUUUCAAAUGUAACAUUAAAAAUACAAAGUUGAAUGAAAAUAACAAAAAUGCUUAUGAAGGAAUAAAAGAAAAAAAAGUUAAUAAAACAGUUGAUAUAGAAAAAGAAAAAGAAUUACCUUUUAAAAAUAAAAUAAAUAUCAAGAAUUCAAAUAGUUCAGAACUUUUAAAUAAUUAUAGAAAAUUAUAUAAUCCUUCAAAAAAAUUGAAGAAGUUAAAUUUAAAAAAAAAUUUUACAUUAAUAAAUAGUAUAAGGUGUUUAUAUUCUGCUAAAGAAUUAAAUGACACAAACAAGGACAAUUGUCAGAAAGAAGUAAAAUUAUUUAAAUGUUACAAAAGACAUGGUGAAAACUUAGUAUUAGGUAAGAGGAGUAAUCUUCUAAAAAAAUUUAAUAGAUUUUUAGAAAAAAAACAGAAAAUUAUAGAUAAAAAAAAAAAAAAAAAAAAUUCAGAAAUUCAAGAUGAAAGUACUAAUAAAAUGAGUAGUGACAAUUCAAAUAGUAGAUUAAGAAGAAAAAAUUAUAAGAAAUAUCAAGAAGACAAUGAUUUUUCAUAUAUUGAAAAAAAUAUUUCAAAUAAAUUAAAAGAUAUAUUAUUAAAUACAAAUAAUACAUUUACUACAUUUAAAGUGAGUAGUAGUGGAAACAUAGAGACUAUUAUUCAAUUAUCAGAAGAUAAUAAAAAAAAAAAAAAAUUUAUAAUAUUAAAUGAAUAUGAUUAUUUUUUUAAUAGUAGUACUGAUGAAUUAAAAGAAGGAACAUGUAAAAAAAAUAAAGAUGAAUAUGAUUAUAAGAAAUUUUUUUUUUAUGUUGGUAAAAAAAAAAUAUUUUUUGAUAAAAAAAAGAAAGAAAAAAUUAUUUUUGAAAUGGAUGAAAAUGGUUUAUUAAAAAAAUAUAUAUUUAAGAAAAAUAAAAACAAUAAUGACAUAUUAAUGAAAGUAUACAAUGAAAAUGAAUGGUCUGAUGAUAUUGUGGAUUUUUGUUAUAUCACAAAGGAUAUGAAUAAAGAAAAAGUUGUAAUUAAAAAAAACAAGAACGGAACAAGAAGUAGAAUUGUAUAUCAUGAAAGUGAGUUAAAUGAUAAAGAGAAAUUUAAUUAUUAUAAGAGGAAUGUAGAAAAUAUCAAAAAAAUAAAUUUUUAUGAUGAUGAUGAUGCAAUUCUUUACUUUUUAAGAAAAAAUGUUACAAAAAAAAAAAAAAUAAAAAAUGAAGAUAUUUUAAAAAAAAAAAAAGUUUCUGAUACAACUCAUACCAUUCAUAAAAAAGAAUUUAACAGUUCCUCUUUAAAAAAAAAAAAACAAUUAUUAUUAUAUAAUAAUAUAAGUGAAAUGUACAAAGAAAGUCAAUCAGAUAUUUUGUCAAAGAUAAAUGAAAGAAAAGAUAAGUUCUUAAAAGGAAUAUGUGAGUUAAAUAAAGAAGAAACAUAUGCAAUUAAAAAAGUACAAAAACCAAAAAAUGUAGAAAAACAAUUAAAAAUAAAUAACUUUUCUAUGAGAGAAAAAAGAAGCCUCAGUAAUAAUAAAGAUAAAACAAAAUUUAACAAAUUGGAUAACUUAUUCGAAUUAUAUGAAAAAGAGAAAGAUGAAAAUAAAGAAAUUACAAAUAAUAAAUAUAUAUUAUAUGAAAACGAAAAAGAAAUUAUAAAAGACGAUAUGAAAAACGAAUUAAAAAAAAAUACAUUAAAUAAUAAAAAAGUCCUUAAUAACAAGGAAAAAACAAAAAAUAUAUAUGAUAAUUUAAAAAAAAAAAAUGAAUCAAAGAAGAGUAGCAUGUAUUCUAUAGAUAAAUUAACCACUAUCAUUGCAAAGAAAAAGGAAUCAAAUGAAAGUUUUGAAAAACAAAAAAAUACGAAUAAGAAAAUUGAAGAUUUUGUUUUUAAUGAAAAUUUAAAAAGUAUAAGUGUUUCAUCCUACAAUUUAAGAGGAGUAUUUUCAAAACAAUCUUCCAAAAUUUCAUUGUAUGAAAAGAAUUUAGAUUUAUCAUCUAAAAGUUUUAAAAAUAAAGACAAUGGAAUUAUCUCAAAAACAUCAUCUUUUUUAUCAAAUAAUGAAAAAUGUGAAAUUAUAGAUGAUGCAUUUUCAAAAAAAAAUUCAUAUUCAUUUAUUAAAAGUUUCAAUAGUAAGGAUUUUAAUGAUAUUUCAAAAAAAACUUCAUAUUCAUUUAUUAAAAGUUUCAAUAGUAAGGAUGUUAAUGAUAUUUCAAAAAAAACUUCAUAUUCUUUAAUGAAUAAUUUUAAAGAUAAAGAACACAUUAUUUUUCAAACAGAAUCAAACAAUAUUAUAUGUAAGAAAUAUUCAAGCCAUGAUUUAUCACAAUUAAAUGGUAAUUUAGAACUAAGCACAAAUUCAAAUAAUGAAAAAAAUGAAAAAAAUGAAAACUAUAAUUUAAAAGAAAAAAGUGAAAAAAUAGAUGAAGAUUAUGAUAGUGAAAAAAAUGACAGAAUUGUAUAUUUAAGUAAAGGUUUUUCAGCAUAUGCCCACAUGAUAUUAUCAGAAACAAAUAUAAUAACUAGGAAAUGUAUAAUUUCUUAUAAUGUGCAAACUAAGAAGCUAAAAAUGAUGAGAAAUGAAAAAAUAUUUGAAAUUGAUGGACACAAAUUAAACAUUCAAGAAAUACCAACUUAUGGUGAAAAUGGAGCAAUAGUGAAGUUAGUAACUUCUAAAAAAAAUUGUAACGCAUUAUUAAUAGAAUCUGAUGACCUUGUUGGUUUACAACAUCUAGGUGAUGAAAUUGGAUGGUAUUAUGAAGAAAAAGAUGAUACAAUAGGCAAUAAAACGAAAAAAUUAAGUAAUCCAAAAGAAAUAUAUUACAAAUUGAAUAGUAAUAAAUCAAAGAAAAGGAUAAGUUUUUUCGAUAAAAUAAAAUUAAACAAAUUUUUAGGUAGAAAAAAAUAA